AUGAUUAAAGAAUCAUUAACACCGAGUGGCGUCGACGUCCACGAGAUAGCGAUAUUAGAUGCAAACGACAACCGAAACAACGAGUUCGCCUCGAUUAUCGUCCGAGCGAUCUCGACAGUGCUUGGCGUGAGUGUGGAUGAGAUCCACUAUACCGCAGAUACCACUACCUUCAUCAAGCUUGGGGGCAACUCACUAUCCGCAAUUCUCAUUUCUGCAGAAUGUCAGAGGAAAGGAAUUUUGAUACCGGCCGGAGUAUUCCUGCGGAUAUCAACCGUGGAAGAGGUCAUAACAACAGCUGCGAACUUGGCUCGGCGUAUAUCAAGACCUAUACCUACGAUCAUAGUGACGGAGGAUACUAGCGACGAUGUCAACGAUGAUAUCAGCGGAGACGAGGCAUCAUCCAUAUAUACUGCGAUUACGACACCGGACCCGGAGGCGGAAGACUUGUCUCUGUUUAGUUGUGGAAAGGAGGUUAUCACAGUAGAAAACCUUCUGAGUAAAAUUGAUACCACCGAAUGGACGGAACCGCAGCUUCUUCUUCUUCGGGAAACCUCUCAAAACCAUAAAUUAAAUAUAUUGACUAUACACGAGUCUUAUACGGGCGAUUGGAAUACCCAAGAUGUCUACGAUGCGUGGGUAAAUACAAUUUUAGCGGAACCUAUUUUCAAGGACCUCCUUGGCGACUUAGAUGUUUUACCACAGCAACUUUUACUCCGAGAGAUAAUUCGAACCGACAGCGAGGAUGAUUUCCAGAGAGAGAUUCGUCAUGCAAUUCAUGCUACCGGUCCUAUAUCAAAACUCAUAGUCAUACAGUCCUCUUCACCUUCGGCGUCGGGGGAAACGGCGAAGUCUACUGCUGUGGUCUGGCGCAUACAUCAUGCGUUCAUGGAUGGCUACUCUGCCCGGAUUUUGCGCGAUAAGAUUACUCGCACCUUGCGAGGGGAGUUUGGUGUCCCUGUAGGCCCGUCAUUUAGGGAGACUGUGCGUUCUCUGGGAGUCUUACGAGAAGAGAGAAGCGAAUCUACGAGACGCUUCUGGGAUGGUAAACGUGAGCAGUUUCCCACUGCAAUCGGCGAGUUACACCUAAGUCCGCAAAGGAUAGCUAAGACAGUAGAGGUGCCCCCUCAGAAAUCUGUCACAAUCCAAUUUCCUAGUGAACAACUAGUAGAAGCCGUAACGCGGACGGGAUAUACCACGACGGUAUUCUUCGCCGCAGCAUGGGCUCUAACACUUGGCAAGUUUAUGGAUGCAGACCAAAUCUGCUUCGGAAUGGUGUUCUCAGGGCGCGAUUUACCGAUUCCUGGAGCUUUUGAUGUCGUUGGACCUCUAAUUAACAUCCUACCGCUAUUCGUACAAGUGCCAGCCAAAGGUGAUAAAACCUCUAUCGAAACGUUUCUACGGCGGAUUCAUGAUGACAUCCUCGACUUAAACAAUUUCCAACAUUCGGACACUACAGAGGGAUUUGACAGGAAGUUCCACUCUAUUAUGGCUACGCAGUUCGAAUGCGACGAAGAGGAGGUCCCAAACACGAUGCCGGUGGAUCGAAACCGCCCCGAUAUGCAGUCCGGAGUUCCUCUGAACAUCGUUAUUGAAGAAGAAUGCAGAUUGCAGAUGCUGUAUUCAACCUCUCACUUUACAGACGAAGACAUAAACAAUCUACAGUCUGUAUUCCAAAACAGCAUGAAUUAUCUUCUAUUAGGAAACGACGCGAGUCUACUAGUAUCGAGCGUAAAUGACGCGCUUCUACCGCAGGAUAUGGAGAAGUCGAUCAGAGACUGGAGUAACUGCGCUUCAUCAGAGACCUUGGACGAAUCCAAGGGAGAUGAUCUAGUAACGCUCUUCGAAAACGUCGUGGCGAGACAACCUAACGACUUGGCAAUCAUUCACGGCGAACUCGAGGUAACUUAUGACGACUUAGACCAAGCGGCCGCCGCUGUUGCGCGUAAAUUAAGUUGGAUCGAACCCAACGAGGCCGUUUGCGUGUAUGCCGAUCGAUCGGUAAACUGGCUCGUCGCGAUAUUCGGCGUGCUAAAGGCAGGCGGAGUGUACGCCCCGUUGGAUCCCUCAGCGCCAAUGUCCGUGCGGCAGGCGAAUUUCAUUCGGAGCGGGGCGCGCGCCGUGCUUGUUCCCUCAGGAACUACAUCUCAGUGCGUCGUUUCGUCUCGACAGGAAGAGGAUAGUAUAGCUCCGUUUCAAUGUCUGAUAUUAGGCGUUGAUGAUCUGCUCGCGUCGGCAGGCAGCGCCCAGUCACGCAAUAGUUUCUCGGUAUAUUAUCCGAGGAGGCGUAUUGCCCGCCCGGAUGAUCUCGCUUAUAUCUGCUUCACGUCUGGAUCGACCGGUCAACCCAAAGCUGUACAAUGUACUCAUAAGGGCUUAGUGGCUUUUCAAAAGGACCGAACUGUUCGUCUAGGGGCUUCGAAAGGCGUCGUGGUUGCCCAGAUAAUGUCUCCCGUCUUUGACGGCAGCAUACAUGAAAUAUUUUCUGCAUUGACACAUGGCGCCACGUUGCGAUUGGCGUCGCCCGAUCAUCAGGGAGACCCUUUUUCGCAUUUACGGGAUAGUGAUGCGGCUAUUCUGACUCCUUCUAUCGCCAAGGCACUUGAUCCUAAUCAGUAUCCUCGGUUGAAAAAUGUCUACCUCGUCGGUGAAGCCGUUCCCCAGUCCCUUUGUGAGACGUGGACUAAGGACCGCUCACUGUACAACAUGUACGGACCAACUGAAGCGACUUGUGGCGCGACGAUCAAGCAACUAUUCCCGAACGAAGUCGUCUCCCUCGGUCGGCCGAACCGGUCGAGCAGAGUGUACAUUCUCGAUCGUAAUCUUAGUCUACUCCCACCCGGCGCAGUUGGCGAGUUGUACAUUGCAGGAAUACAAGUAUCACAUGGAUAUAUCAAGCUACCAGAGCAGAAUGCGAGCCGCUUCCUAGAGGACUCGGUCAUGCCCGAGACCGGUCAGAAGAUGUAUAGGACUGGCGAUUAUGCUUACUGGAAUAGCGCGACUGGGGAGGUAUGCAUCCUCGGACGUAAGGACCGGCAGAUCAAGUUAAAUGGCUUUAGACUGGACCUCGAUGACUUAGAAGCACGAGUCGUAAAGGCCAUCCCUGGAUGUGGCGGUGCUGCUAUUUUCCGUCGCGACGAUCAUCUGAUAGCAGCGUAUCAAACUACUUCGCCUAAUGAAGUCAGCGCAUUAGAUGUAAAGGCGUUUGUUGGAAAUGCUUUACCCCCUUAUGCUAUGCCCCGGAGGAUUGUCGCAUUUGAAGAGUUCCCUCUUACCGCGGCGGGCAAGCUUGAUUACAAGACGAUUGAAAAAUCCAUCAAUGCGAGUCUUGCGGAUGCUGCUGUCGAGCUGCUGCCUCAGAUGAGGAGUAUGAGCGUAACUGAGAAAACAGUCAUAGAUGCCGUCCGCGACUUAAUGAAACUCGACUCGAGUGUACCUGUAGAUCAAGACUCAAAUCUCACGGAGCUUGGUUGCCAUUCCAUCUUGCAGCUACAAUUAGCGAGUCGAAUAUCGGCACUCAUUCAGCGGCACUUUCCGGUACGAAAAGUCAUCGAGAAUCUUGUAGUAUCACGUCUGGCAUCUGCUAUUGAUGAUGCACUCAGGGAAGAAAGUGUACUUGAUCUUGCCGUUUCAGGACAACUAUCGAGUCUUGUUUCUGGCAGUACAAAUGCCCUCGGAGAAAGCGAGGUAUCUCCUAUCGAACGUGAUUGGUUUUCGAAAUAUCAGCGAAACCUUGGGACAUCGUCGUUUAACGUAUCCCACGCCUCGGAGUUGGACGCGUCCUUUGAUCAGCAUCAGACAUUGGUAUCAGCUUGGAAUAUAGUACUUGCAAGACAUGAUAUUUUGCGCUGUAGAUUUAACCAAUCGGUCGAUGGUAGUGUGGAAAGGUCAUAUGCAGCCGAGUCCCCCAUGGCUGUAUACAUUGAGUAUUUCGAUGUCCGAGCUGCGAUCAAUAAGGAAUUCUUACUUGAGACGGAGGACCCUAUCCGAGUACUGGUCUCGAAACGCCACAUGCUAGUUUGUGUGAGCCAUAUCAUAUGCGACUAUACAACUCUCGACCGUUUAUUUGAGGAGCUUGCGGCGGUAUAUUUCAAUGUUGAUAGUGAAGAAUUAUCCUUAGCCCCUCAGAAACGAUACCAGGACACGACUUGUUGGAAUCUCGACGUCGAUCAAGCCACGGCCAAUUUCUGGAAGUCGUACCUAUCCGGCGUCGAUCUUACGGGAAUGCCACCAUAUAUGAAAAAGCCUCGUACUUCAUACCACGGCGAAUCGCUACUAUUUCGACUCUCAAAUGACACGAUGUCAAGUCUUUACACAGUCUCGCGAUCGCUACGUCUUACACUACAUCAGAUUGCUCUGGCAGUCGUGUCCAUAGUACUUCAGAUCGAUAACCCGACAAAGCAGGACUUGUUCCUCGGCAGCCCUUACCUCGGGCGACAAGAGGAUGACAUGCGUACCAUCGGACUAUUUCUACAACCGCUGCCGAUUCGUAUCCGGAGACAGUCAGACCAAGACGGGGGUGAUUUCAAGGAUGCCUCUUUAACAACUUUCCUCCUGGCUGUACAAGAAUCUUCGCGUUUAGCUCUCGGCCAUGCUGUUGAGUGGGGUUCUCUAAUGAAUAUCCUUGCAUCUUCGGACGACGAGAAGUUACGAGCAGCUGCGGCUAUAGCAAUUCCCAACAAUCCGCUGUUCGACGCCAUGGUAACUUUUCAUGAGUUUGAUACUACUGGAAAAUCGUCGUCUUCCAUUAUCCCCGGCAUCCAGCCGUUAGUGAACUGGGCUGAGGGCGCCAAGUUCGGCAUUAUGUUUGAAUUCUCGGCUAUUAGCUUGUCAUCAGUAACACUCCGCGUCGAGUACGAUACGUCGCUGUUUUCAUCAGAUGAGGUGCGGUUAUUCGUUGCGCGGAUCGAUGCUGGGUUUAAAUAUUUCUGUGAGAGCCCGGCUUCUAUUAAACUUGGAGAAUUGGAAGGUAAACUUUUAGAUGUUGAAAUUGAACGUUUAUCUGGCGGGAUUGAGAGUGUGGAAUUUGGUACCCCUAUUGCGGUUUUAGCAUAG